AGGAUAUAAAAUUGAAUGUAGUAUUUAUGAUAUUCUCUCAAUUUUUUGAAUACAAGCAGGAAUUGAAUGUUUUUUCCUGAUGUAUCUUCACCAUUCAAAAUUUUUGUUGGCAAACCUUAUUUAGUGCUGUUAAAAUUUGUAGAAUUCACAAUGGCGAUGAGAUGUGGUGAUUGAGUGUGACCGACAGUAUAGUUCAAGUCUACAAAUCACGGCAUGGCAGGAAAUAAAGCGAACGAAUCUGAGGACAUCGAAAAACCACAAGAUUCUGACAGACAAGAAUCAAGCGGUGAUGUUCCUCCAAUCACUCCAAACGAGAUGACCAUCAAACAUCCACUUCAAAACACAUGGACACUAUGGUAUUAUGAACAUGACAAAAAGAAGUCAUGGAUGAAAAAUCAGUGCGAAAUCACCAGCUUUGACACAGUCGAAGAUUUCUGGAGUUUAUUCAACCACAUAAAGUCGGCGAGUGAGAUCCGACACGGGUGCGACUACUCGCUGUUCAAGCAGGGCAUUCGGCCGAUGUGGGAGGAUGACGCCAACAAGGAGGGAGGAAGAUGGCUUAUCAACCUCGAGAAGAAACAGCGAGAGAACGAACUCGAUUCCUAUUGGAUGGAGAUUAUUUUGUGUAUGAUUGGAGAGGCGUUUGACGAGUACAGCGACGAGAUCUGUGGCGCCGUGGUGAGUGUUCGCAUGAAGGGAGACAAGAUCGGCGUCUGGACGGCUGACGCUGAGAAGCGCAACGGCGAGGGUGUCCUAGCUAUAGGGAGAAAACUGAAAGAACGGUUGAAACUGAACACUGUCAUCGGAUACCAAGUACACAAGGACACUAUGGUGAAGGCAGGGGCUUCAAUUAGAAACACCUACCACGUAUAACGUUCGGGUGCCUAUUCUAAUUACUAGGAUCUGUUGCAAUUUGUUAAUUGAACAAGUGAAUUUGAUUAACUUUUGUAAUUAUCGACCAAUAAUAAUUAUUGGUGUUUCAUAAUCAUUUUGGAACAUCUAUUUAACAAGUUUGUUAUCGACAGGUUUAUUUAUUUAGUUUCCACAAUAACUCUUCUCCGGCUUUGUACUACAGUGUUCAUUUGUGCUGUGCUGUGCGGUCAGAGUGUUUUGUUUUGUAUUUUCUCCUAUAAGAAUUUCUCUAAUAUUGGAUGUAACAUAUAUAAACAUCGAACAUAACAGCAAUAUUGUACUGACAUUAUUCAAUAUCAUCACAUUUCAGAUAUUUUUCAUUUUAUCACAGAACAUUCGAAUGUGAAUAGAUUUGUUUUUAUUUUUUAGCUGUGGCAUUCGGCAUUCACGUGUGUCUAGAAAACUUUCUUCUUUUACUGUUGAAUUUUCUGUAACGCAUUGAAUAUAACCAUUUCUCCCAUUUUUCACAAAGAAUUGUGACUGUUCAACUGUUUUUAAUCUGCAUUAUUGGAUUCUGGAUCAAAUGUAAAUAAAAUAGAUUCUUUUACACGA